CUUUUCUGGGAGAAGAGGCUUCAAGGCUUAAGUGCAUCAGAUGUCAGUGAGCAAAUCAUCAAAUCCAUGGAGCUUCCUAAAGGCCUUCAAGGUGUGGGCCCCGGGAGCAACGAUGACACCCUCUUGUCAGCCGUGGCCAGCGCAUUGCACACGAGUUCUGCGCCCAUCACGGGACAACUGUCUGCCGCCGUGGAAAAAAACCCAGCUGUCUGGUUAAACACAUCACAGCCUCUCUGCAAAGCCUUCAUCGUGACGGAUGAAGACAUUCGGUAAGUCCUUCCCAGACUGCGUUU